CGUCGACGGCGCAGCGUACUGUAAACCCCGAGCAUGUUCCGGAGUUGUCACGUUUCGUGGGCGAUAGAGACAUUUUAAUGUCGUGCCAUGUUGUCCACGGACCGAUUUGCCACGUUCGUGUGUCCGGACUGCAGCGUCAAGUUUGCGACGCUAUCUCACUUGCAGUCGCACUGGCUGCAGCAUCAUCACAACCGCCAGCAGACGACAGCAGCAGAUCCUAUCAGUCCACAACAUGUGGAAGAGGAUCCUACACAGGAUUACGAUGAAGAGCGACAUCUGGGGAGGGUGGAGGCCGGCGGGGAGACCCGGCACUCCUUCCGAAGCAAGCAGUUCCGCAAGACACAGCGCUGCGAUCUCUGUCAGCAGCCCCUCAGGGACCAGGGAGCCUCCUGCAAAGCGUGCAAGUACUGCUGCCACCUCCACUGCGAACCUAAGGUGAUAUCGUCGUGCGAUCCCAAGCAGAGUUAUGAGCUGGUAAGUGCGAGAUUACUUUUUCUUCUUUCUUUAUGCCUUCUCGGUAUAACGAGGCAAUGUAAAAACGUGCGUAGGCAGUAA